GACACAGACAGACAGAGAGGGGGAGAGAGAGGGAGACACAGACAAACAAACAAACAUACAGGCAGAGACAGACAGAGAGAUGGAGAGAAAAUAUGUGUGAAAACCUUUGACAUAUAGACCCCCCCUCCGUCCCCGAAAGAGGAAAGGAGGGGUGUGAGUAAAGGUCUCUGAUUAACUAUUAUCUCUGGUGUCCAUGUCACACAGGAGACAGCAUAGUAUAUACAACUCUACACAGGAGACAGCAUAGUAUAUACAACUCUACACAGGAGACAGCAUAGUAUAUACAACUCUACACAGGAGACAGCAUAGUAUAUACAACUCUACACAGGAGACAGCAUAGUAUAUACAACUCUACACAGGAGACAGCAUAGUAUAUACAACUCUACACUAUUUUAUCAAACUAAUCUACACUGUGGUAAACUAAACUAAUAUAAACUAAAUAUACAAACUAAACUAUACUGUAGUAAACUAAACUAAUAUAAACUAAAUAUACAAACUAAUCUUCACUGUGAUAAACAAACAUGGUUCUCAGAAAAUAAGUCUGUGGUCACAUGGUGGUGGUUAGUGUCGUACUAUUGGUUAGACAGUUUCCCCUUUAAUGAGGUUGACUGUUAAAACUGUCUCUGAUAUUAGACUGAGUCACAUCGAGACUCCAGCUGUGCAGCGAACAGACAGGAACCUACAACUGAGAUCACAGCAGACUUUACAACAGUAGAAGUUACAACAGUAGAAGAUACAAGAGUAGAAGUUACAAGAGUAGAAGUUACAACAGUAGAAGUUACAAGAGUAGAAAUUACAAGAGUAGACCAGUAGAAGUUACAAGAGUAGAAGUUACAACAGUAGAAGUUACAAGAGUAGAAAUUACAAGAGUAGAACAGUAGAAGUUACAAGAGUAGAAGUUACGAUUUGAAGACAAAGAACCUAAACAAACAAAGACCAUGGAUAUUGAUGAUCAUAUAUACGGAAACGAAAGACCCAUCAUGCCCUGCAAGAAGGAUAGAGUUGGUGAUCAACAUUCAGUGUCUUGUCAGUGGUGGAAGAGAUACUCUGGAGCUGCUGCAGUGUGUCUGGGGCUGCUGUGUGUUCUCCUACUGGCUGGGAUCAUAGGCCUGUUUCUCUACCAGAAAAACCAAUUGACCAGUUCCAACACCCUGACUGAAGAGAGAGACCAGUUACAGACCUGCGGAAACAACCUUACUGAAGAGAGAGACCAGCUACAGACUAGCAACAACACCCUGAUCAGAGAGAGAGACCAGCUACAGAACGAGAUAGAACGUCUGAAACAAUUUUUAGUUGAGAAAGUGUGUCCGGAAGGAUGGAAGAAGCUUGGUAGCAGUUGUUACUACGUCUCUACUGAGUACAAAUCCUGGGAGAAGAGCAGACAGGACUGCAGAAAUAGAGGAGCACACCUGGUGGUCAUCAAGAGCCAAGAACAACAGACAUUAGUCAAUUGGUUAUGUGGACGAAAUAACUAUGUCUGGAUUGGUCUGACUGACUCUGUUUCUGAGGGGACCUGGAAAUGGGUGGACGACACACCACUGACCACAAAGUAUUGGAAACGUGGAGAGCCUAAUGGUGGAAGAGCAGAGAACUGUGUGUAUUUCUACUCCUGGUCAUCAGACACAGGAGAAUGGUGGGACUAUUACUGUUACUAUAAAUUCAGAUGGAUCUGUGAGAAAUAGGAUUCAUCCUCGGUACUCUCUGAACUGCUAAAUAAGAUUAUGCUAAGUACUAUCAAUGAUAAACUAUU